UAUCAUGCUCUAUAGCCUCUCUCUCUCUCUCUCUCUCUCUCUCUCUCUCUCUCUCCCUCUCUGGCCCUUGCUUCCAGUUGAAACUUGAAAGCAUCCAACCGACCAAUGGUUUGAAAGUAUCUUAGGCACCCAACCACAUGUAGCCACAGUGAAAGCUUAUUAUGCUUGUUAACUAAGAAAAUUUCAUGGAGAGCCUACACCUUUGAGCCCCAAUCAUGGUGCUUCUCUGUUACAAAUUAACUGAAAACCACCUUCUUCUCCUAUAUUCAGAAGUUCCAGAGCACUCAGCGUCCUUUAGUGCAAAAAUAAGAGAGACCAAGUUGGACAAUAUGGUGAUUUCCACUGCCAAAAUACUAGUGGGUGUGUCACUUAAUGAAGAGUCGAGCACAGAGCUUCUCUCAUGGGCUAUUGGUAUUGCUGCUCGUCCCGGUGACACAGUGGUGGCUCUCCAUGUUCUUGUUAGGAAGGAUGAGAAGAAGCUUGACAUGAUUGCAGCGGAGAAGACACGGAUGCGCCUUGCAAAAGCGUUUGUGAUAUCUUCUCUUGGAGAUCUCACAGAACUCUGUCAGUCUAAGCAGGUGAAUGUAGAGGCUAAAGUUUGCCAGAGUGUUAGCAUUGGGAAGGGUCUAGUGGAGGAAGCAGGGUCUCUCCAAGCAACAUUUCUACUUGUAGGUUGCUCAAGAAACCAGUCACAGAGGCCUUCUCUUGGAAUUACAAAGUAUUGCUUCAAAUACGCCCCAGAAGGUUGUUCAGUGAUUGCCAUUGGAAAGAGGUCUCCAACUGCCUGGGGCUUCCCUCAACCAAAUUCAGAUCCAAACCCAAUUCCUUCUGAAGCUUCAGAUGUAAGGUCCAACUGGCUGAGCACCAAGUUAUCAAACAGGGAUAUUGGAAAGGCGGUUUCCUCUCUGCCAAAGCUUUUCCUUUCAAAAUUGAGCAGAGAGAACUCAUUUAGAAAGAGUAAGAAACCAAUUAACCAGCAAGUUGACACCAAUAAUGUAUCAGGAAGGACUUCUCCAAGAGCUGUUCUAGAUGGACCAGGAGGAGGAGGAGGAGGAGGAACCCACUUAGAGGAUCAGUUUACACCAGAGAGUUCCACGAGCUGUGAAUCUCAAAUUGAAGGGCCGAAGUCUUUGGAGAUCGGCCUUGGUAUCACUCCGCAAGGGCGUUCAAGCAUUUGGAAGCACCUCCCAACAAUUAAACUCUUCUCUUUCUCUCUCUUCCAAAUCCCAAAUGAUGAAAGAGAAGGGUUGAAGGGGAAGAAGAGCUUUUUACCUGGUGAAGGGAAUCCGAGACCUUCAUGGGGGUGUUUCAGUUACCAGGAGAUUGCUCAAGCUACAAAUAAUUUCCACCCAGGGCAUAUUGUGGGCAGAGGAGGAUAUGCAGAAGUUUACAAAGGAUACCUCUCUGAUGGAAAAACAAUAGCAGUAAAGAGAUUAGCAAAAGACAUGGACGAAAAGAAGGAAAAGGAGUUUCUUAUAGAGCUCGGUGUAAUUGGGCAUGUGUGCCAUCCAAACACUGCUUACCUGAUAGGAUGCUGCAUUGAGAAUGGACUCCAUCUUAUCUUCAAUUUCUCUCCUCAUGGAAGCUUAGCAUCAGUUUUGCAUGGAAGAAACAGUGAGUUGCUCGAUUGGCCAAUUAGGUACAAGAUUGCAGCAGGAGUGGCAAGGGGGUUGCAUUAUCUUCACAAAUGCUGCAAGCACCGCAUUAUCCAUCGAGAUAUCAAGGCUUCGAAUGUCCUUCUUGGAGAAGACUUCGAGCCACAGAUUUCUGAUUUUGGACUGGCAAAAUGGCUUCCAAAGCAAUGGACCCACCACUCUGUAACUCCAAUAGAGGGCACAUUCGGGUAUCUGGCCCCAGAGUAUUUCAUGCAUGGGAUUGUUGAUGAGAAAACUGAUGUUUUUGCCUUCGGUGUUCUCCUCUUGGAAAUUAUAUCUGGUAGGAGACCUGUCGAUGUUUCCAAGCAGAAUCUACUUUCAUGGGCAAAGCCCCUCUUAGAAUCUGGAAACAUCAAUGCACUGGUUGACCCAAAACUUGGAGGAAAAUACAACAUGGAAGAGGUGCAAAGAUUGGUGCUCACAGCUUCUUACUGUGUGAGGCAAUCAGCGAUAUGGCGCCCAUCAAUGACUGAGGUACUGCAGCUGAUCAGUGAUGGGUAUCACUCAAAGGCUGCAUUGAGCUGGAGGAUGCCAGAAUACCGGGCCGAUCUCAUGGAUGAAUAUAUAAUGGAUGUCGAUUACCAGUCUCCAACAAGUCAUCAUUUCUAAAGAGAAUUUAAAGAGAUUGCUAAGGUGAAGAUAAUCAGGUUUUGGGGGGAGCUUUUUCGUUUUUGGCUCCAUGAGCUCUCUGUAACUUAUUCAUCUCUACUAAAUUUUUGUUGUCUAUCAAAGUCCUUUUCUUUUUUGGGUUGUAGAUAUGCUUUUGUCUUGCUCUCACAAAGACCACAACACAUUUGAGUCUCUCAAACAAAACUUGGGGUUUGCCAAUAUCACUUGCCUAUAUGGUGUUGCUA